ACUAGUCAAUGCACGUGAUAUCUUUUUGGUUUCCAUUUGGAAGACUUGGUCGUUUACAAGAAACAACAGAAGACCAUGCAGAAGGAAACAACGAGUUGAGUUCCUCAAACCAAUUAGAAACCUUUCCAUAAAGCAGCUUCAAAUUGAUGGAAGCUUCGGGUAUGCGUGUUUUAUGGUUUAUUUUUCGUAUUUGAAGAUUCUCAGAGACAAAUAGAAACAUUGGUAAUUUAGUGCCAGUGAAGGAGCUUAAAAGCAAGGCUAAGAUAUACAAACGUAAGAUGGCAUGUUCUGUGCCUUUUAACAAGAAGAAUUUGGACAUAAGUUUCUUCGUUUUCAAGCCAACUAUUGUGAUCAUAGAUGACUUAGUUCAUGAACUCAAACACUUCUCCUUAACUACUGAGAACCUUGGCUGUGUUCAGAGCUCUAUAUUUAGAAGCAUCCAUGGAAAUAUGAUCAUAUGGUAUGGAGCAUGGCCGAGGCAGUCGAGUAAGGAAAAAGAGGAGCUGACCUCAACCCUUAAAACAAUGUUAACCAACAGCAUAUCAACCAUGGCUGUGUUAACUGAUCACAGUUUCCUUGAAGCAUAUGGUGGAGAGUCAAGAGACGGGUCUUCCACAGCAAAAUUCUCCACUGGGGACAUAUUAUCCUUGAACUCAGCAGUGACCACUACCAAUGACCUUAAUGACCUCUGCUACGCUGUUCUAGCAAUUUUAAGGUCUCGCUUUGCCAAAAUUGAAGGAACAAUCUCUGGGCUUUGCUUCAAGGGACAAAGCAAACCCAGAAUGGUGUGCAUGCAUGUCUGGAAGUCUCUCCAUUUUUGUUACUCAUGGAUUCUGAACUCCGACCAAAGAAAAUGGAUGAUGCCAUAUCUCGAACGUUUCUCCAUUGAGAUGAAGUAUGACAUUUUCCGAGUAGUGUAUGUCAGUGGUGACAAUGUGGUUGAUUUCAACUGUGUUUCUACUCAUCAGAUGUUAGAAAAUGGGAAGGAGAAGAGCAGGCAAGGGCAGGUUAUGCAGAACUGAGAUAGCUGCAAAGGGUUUCAUGUUUACAACCA